GCUGCUGUCUGACUCCGAGCUGCUCGAGGAUGGACGGAGGCCGCGCGCGCUGACGGGUCAGUAGGUAGGUGUUCGGACUCGGGCUGGUGGACCAUCAACGGGUUCCUGUAGGGCUGGUGAAGCGCUGGUGCUCCAUCAUCAUCCUGCUGCAGAAACUGUUCUGUGAUCUGGUGGUCCAGGCUCCUGUGUCGUCUGCCUGAUGGUGUUCAGUUAAGAGGUGGUGUUCAGAGUGAGUUUUGUCCCUAAUGAUCUUGUGGGCCCUCCUGAGGACCUCGCAGAGGAUGCAAAGGAGUUUGUGAGGAGAGUAAAGAUGAGCGUGACGUCGUGGUUCCUGGUGAGCAGCUCGGGUACUCGGCACCGACUGCCGCGGGAGAUGAUCUUCGUGGGCAGAGAGGACUGUGAGCUGAUGCUGCAGUCCCGCAGUGUGGAUAAACAGCAUGCGGUCAUUAACUACAAUCCCACUACAGAUGAGCACCUGGUUAAAGAUCUGGGCAGUUUAAAUGGGACGUUUGUGAAUGACCUGAGAAUUCCUGACCAGACCUACAUCACCCUCAAACUGUCCGACAUUGUUCGUUUUGGAUAUGAUUCCCACGUGUACGUUCUGGAGAGGAGUGAGCACAAAGUUCCUGAGGAGGCUCUAAAGCACGAGAAGUACACCAGUCAGCUGCAGAUGGGUUUAAAAAGUUCUGAGGGGAAGAGACAGGAGAUGCAGGAGGAAAGAUCUAAACUGGAGAAAUCUGAACGGAAGAGCCUCACAGAGGUCCCGAUGUCUCGUCCCACUCCGCUGUACGGUCAGCCAUCUUGGUGGGGAGAGGAGGACUCGGGAAAAGAUCCACAGACCGAAGGACGCAAGACAGAUGACAGUCGCUCUGAGGUCCACAAAGAGGGUUCUGCCACUGAAGCUGAGGUGAAUGGUGCCCUUCAAGAGUUUCGUGACAGCCAGGGCAAGUCAGUUUUUCUGUACCACCGAGAGCCCAGCUACUUCGAGAUUCCCACCAAGGAGUUCCAGACGCACCCCAAGUCUCCAGCAGUGGAGUUGAAUGAUAUACCCACCAAAGACACUGAUGGCACCCCAGCGUCCACACCACCAGUGGUCCAGAGCCAUGCCUCAUUCACUAUAGAGUUUGAUGAAUGCACACCAGGAAAGAUCACCAUAAAAGAUCACGUGACCAAGUUCUCGUCUCGUCAGCGCAGCAAACAACAGCAGAGCAGUAAGCCACUGGCUGAGGCACCUACAGAGGUUCUGUCGGCUGAGAGCAAAGUGGCUGACUGGCUGGUUCAGAGCGACGCCAGUAUGAUGCGCAGGCGGCCGCCAUGUGAUGAUGUCUACAGUACCAAGAGUGACCUUGCCAUGCACAUCAGGACACUGAAAGGCCACCAUCAUGAAGAUGGUACUCAGAGUGAUUCAGAAGAUCCUGUAAUGAAAGGAAAGCGGAGCAAGUCACAGCACUCUGUCCAGUCACAGCAGUCAGUACAAUCCCACCCAUCAACUGUGUCAAAAAUGUCUGGACCGUCCCAACAGUUUGCCCACUCUCAGGGACCUUACCAGCCUCCGCCACCAUCACCUCCUCAACACCCUCAGGACCUUUCUGUGGGUCCUGAGGGAAUUGAUGUUAGGCCUGUACAGGAGAUACCACCUCCUGCUCAAAGCCAAGUGAAGUCUGGACACCAGGAGAUCCUUAGCCAGCAAGCCUUUAUCAUUGAGUUCUUCGACGACAAUCCCCGAAAGAAGCGUUCACAGUCUUUCACACACAAUCCAGCACAUGCCGACACUUAUUCUGCCCUCAAAGCCAAGCUAGAGCGCCGUAAAGGUGGUGCUCAUGGUGAAAGGCCUGCCUCUGUGCACGGACAUAUUCCUGCCACACAGCAAAUUACGGUGCCUCUCAAAGGUGCCAGUCACAGCGGUCCCCAAAGGUCCAGCUCACUGAAGAGGGAGAAGACGGAGGAAGCAAUGAGCAGAAGCAGCACCUCCCCUUCCUCUUCUGGCCCUUCCUCUCGCUCUUCUCCAGCUAUCACCAUCAAGCCUUUUGGCAGCAUAGGCAAGAAAUCCAAACUCACUCAAGAAUUUGCUGCUGAGUUCCUUAAGGAUUCAGAACAGAUGUCUUCACCUCCCAUGUCAGCUCCACCCGUGAUGAUGUCUCCAUCUCACACUCACCUACCAUCUCCAGCAGAACCCCACGGACCCUCCUCUGUGUCCUACCCGUCCUCUCCAUCCCAGCUCCCUGCACUGGCUCAGCCACUUCUUCCACACACCCCCACUGUCCCGGUACCUGUUCCUGUUUCUGUUCCUUCUCACUCCCCAACUUUGGGUACGGUCUCCAGUGCUUCCCCUGUGCGCUCAUCUUUGCCUCAGUUUUCUCCACUGGCGGUCACUGGGGUGGAUCCCAAGGCCUCCAGGGCAGUGCGCGCAGAAGAGGAGGAUAGUUUAAGUGAUGCUGGUACCUACACUAUUGAGACAGAGUCUCAAGAUAAAGAAGUGGAGGAGGCUCGGAGUAUGAUCGAUCAGGUUUUCGGGGUGCUGGAUGCCCCAGAAUACAGUGGUCAAACGCUUGCAGUUUAUAGGCCUGUGAUCAACGAACAAGGGAUCUUCAGUCAUGCCCAGGGUGGACCUCUUGACAUCAUGCCAACAUCAGCACAAGAUCUUAGCCCCAGCCUUGGUGGUGAUCCAUCUGACUUAAUGCAGGAGCAUGCUGAUCAAGGAGGACCUAAAUGGGUGUCUCGGUGGGCAAGCCUAGCUGACACGUACACUGACUCUGGUUCUGCACAGGCACCUUCAGGCACUCCACCCCAAGGUGGACUUCUAAACAAAGAUGGAAGAGUGGUACUGAUGAGCCAAAGUUUAGAUCAUUCAGAAUCAGAGUGCAGUCAAAGCUCCAGGACCAGACGGCUCCUUCCCCAGGUCCCUCCUGGUGGAGACAAGCAGGAUGCCUCCACCCCAAGCAUCCUAAUCCGACAUGAGCCAAACCUGGAUCAUGAGCCACCAGAAAGAGGAUCUAGAGCAUCACAGCAGCAGGAUUCCACCCAGAGGUUGCGAGUCCAGGACGAUGUGGAUCAUGAUAGCUUAAGUGACACGAGUCGCUCAGAUGACAGCUCCAUCCUUGAUAGGAGUGCAAGGAGUCAAGGUCGACGUGGAACUGCUGCAACCUCACCUCUUGAAAAUAUAGCCCAUUGUAGGGGUUAUGACACGCCAGCAGUCACACCUAAAUCCACUUCUUUCUACAUUGGUUCUGAGGAUGGUUCUUGCAAGUCAGAUACAUCCCGGAGUCCUGUUCUUUCCCAAACUGAGAGAGAUCCUUCUCCAAAGAUGCCUCCAACCACUGUCUUGAUACGACACCUAAGUAGCCAGGAGCCCAGGCGGCCAGUGAAACCCAACUCCUCAGCACCCAACCUCCAGACCCAAGACAGGGAUGCAGUCCCCACCAAAGAGCCUCCUUCAUCAUCGUUUGUCCGUCAGGAGAGCUUCACCAAAGAUCGGCCCAGUGAUAACAUCCCGGUGAAGAGGCUGCCACACAUCUCUAGUCACCCUGCCUUAAGAGACUUGAGCACAGAAGGAAGUGACCGAGAUGCCUCUGCUUUACCCAAGGAGAAGGGAUCCUUGGUGUCUCCAGAGGCAAAUCAAGAAACAUCCACUCAGCAGUCUAAAAAGGGAACUCCUCCUGGACGAGCAGAUGAGUCUCUCUCUGGAGAAUCAGAUGUGGACACUGCCAGUACUGUGAGCCUAGUCAGCAGCAAAAACGCCCCAGUCAGCGCACCCAAGAAACGGACAGCUGCAGGCGGACUCCGUAAAGAGAAAUCCUCCUCCAGUCUGUCUGCUCAGGAGAAAAGUCGACAGCCAACAGCACGUGAGCGACUUUCUGAAAAACGUCGUAACCAUGCCACUGCAGAUAGCGCCGGAAAAGCUGAGGCAGCCCGCCGUCUCCACUUACGCCGCAGUGCUGGAAACCGUGGUUCAUUAGAUCUUUCUGAGAACCAGCAGAGCCAUGGCCAGCAGUUGUGGCCUGACACUGCAGCAUCAGACCAUGAGUCAGCUUCACGGCCUGCCAGCCGCAAGAAACCCACGGCGCCUCUACAAAAAGAAGAUUCCAGCAAGUCAAACAAGGCAGGUCAACAGGUGCUGACUCGAUCCAACAGUCUUUCAGCCCCCAGACCUACCCGAGCAUCCAUGCUGCGCCGGGCCCGUCUUGGUGAAGCUUCUGACAACGAGGGAGCAGAAACGGACCGUGGCUCUCAGAGUUCUGAGCACACAAAGACCCCUGGUGAUGCAAAGAAGCUCUCUAGGUUGGACAUUCUGGCAAUGCCUCGCAAACGGACAGGUUCUUUCACCGCUCCCAGUGAUACCGAAUCGACUAGUGGCAAACCUGGAGCACCCAGCCGUCCUACUGAAAGCAGCAGUAGUGGGCGGAAGUUAUCUACAGGGGAACAGAAACAGUCCACUGUGAAAGGAACUCAUUCCUCCACCCGCACACGCACUACCCAGCCUAAACACAGUAGCACAACCAGUUCUCGACGGAGACAGAAAGGUUCCGACUAUUCUUCUACCUCAGAGGAGGAGUUUGAAACCAGUUCCAGUUCUAAACACAAACGCUCUCAUGCAUCAGCCUCCACACAGACGCAGACACCGCAGAAGACUGUCCAGUCUCGGCUGAAGCCUAGUUCUCUGGAGACAGAGGAGGAUGAGGCUCAGAAUGAGCACUAUCAAAACUGGUCCACUCACAGUGCAGAGAUAGCCAGAUUGAGUCAGGAUCUAGCCAAAGAUCUUGCCAUACUUGCGCGUGAAAUCCAUGAUGUAGCUGGAGAUGGUGAUUCCCAAACGCCAACCAUGGGGACCACCACCUCUCCCGGCUCCAUGCCCAACACUCCGGCCUCCACCAUCUCUGCCAGAGAGGAGAGUUCAUAUUCAUCAUUACACGGGUUCCUCACAUCACAGUUGGUGCAUCACAUACCUGAAGCCAGCCUGAACUACCAAAAGGUUCCUCCAGGAUUAACCAGUCCAGUGGACCAGGACUCAAACAUGAAUGAACAUGAGGGCUUUAAACGGCGUCCGUGGAACCGUGAAGAGGUCAUUUUGGAUAAUUUAAUGCUGAAUCCCGUAUCACAGCUCUCACAGGCCAUCAGAGAGAACACAGAGCAACUGGCCGAGAAAAUGAAAGCUUUGUUUCAUAAUAAGACAGAAGUGUGGGAGGAGAUUGAAGCGAAGAUCAACGCUGAAAAUGAAGUUCCCAUCCUUAAGACCUCCAACAAAGAAAUCUCCUCAAUCCUGCAGGAGCUCCGGAGAGUCCAGAGGCAACUAGAGGUAAUCAACACGAUUGUAGAACCUGGAGGAACCCUAAAGCUGCCCACUGCGGUCACGUCUCCUGUGGGAAAGAGCAGAUCCACCUCCAAGGAGUUCCCCAGCUCUGCAGCUGCUAACGCUAACACUGGCGCUAGUGCUAAAAGAGGUGUCCGUGGGGCCGAGAGGGAGAGAUACGCUGUGUGAGUGGUCUGCAUCAGCACCCCCCGCCAGAGACCACCAUCCACCGUGUUCAUGUAAAACCAUCAUUAUUCUGUUCAUACUGUAGUUAUUAAUGGUGGAAAUACCUUUAUGCUUUAUAUAAUCUGCUGCUAUGCUGCACAAGCUAAUUUAAGAUUAGGCAAAAACACAGUGCUGUACUAAACUGAAGACAUGUUGCUCGCUUCAAAGAGUCCAUGCGGCUCAUUCCUGACUGAGAAACAGCUCCGGUGAUAAUGUGCUGUGUGACUUGGCGCCCUCUAGAGGACCCGAGCGAGGAGGCGGCGCUCACAGCAGCGCUUUUGUGAACUGCCUUGGUGAAAACUGGAUGCAACAUCAUUUAUUCUUCAUCUCAGACUGCUGUGAUUGUCAGUAGUUGUGAUUGUUCAGAUGUUUCUGACUGUUGUGGAUGGUGAAUAUGGCGAAUGUUGUGAAUGUUGUGCGUCAUAAUUCAUCAGUGCAUUUGAGAGCAUAUCACACAGCUCAGCUCCAUGCAGUCCUUAUCAGUGUGGGUUAAAUUAGAGCAGCUUUCUGUGUAUUACGAAGCUGCAGGCUGUUUACUGCGAAAGUCCAGAAAACAGAAAUGAUAAGCAAACACUUCUCUGAACAACGUGAACCUGGUAAACUCUUAUUACUAUGUGUAGUUGAGUUGAGUGGUGCUAGAUUAUUUGUUGUGGUUUUGGCGUUUUGAAAGUAAGACAAGUUGAUGUUACAGUGCGACUGCGUCAUGACUGCAUGUGUGAGGGUCGUUGUGGCUGGAAUUGGAACAGUAUGAAGAUUUCAUAUCAGUGACCAAAAUGAUCACGUUUCCAUUAAAAUAAGAUGUUUGAAAAGCUCUGAAACACACCGACCCGUUUCACUACAGAUGUUAUACUGGAAAAGUCUUUAUUUAACCACUUAUAUUACUUUGACACCCAAAAAAAUAAUUACAAAAAAUAAAUGAUCAGUUCUUGCAUGGUUUUCACAAACUAGCAGUUACCAAAAAACAUGUUGCAUAUUGUGCUUGUGUUGAUUUGCAGACAAACUGUAGCAGCGUGCUGUUUACUUCUGACAUCACUUUUAUAAAGAUAGUUAUCAAAAAAUGACCAUUUCAGACUACAUGAUUAUCUCAUACCCUAAUAUCUCUUUAACACCAGAAACUGCCCGUCUGUACUUAUGGACUGACCCCUGUGUGGCCGUAAGAGGGUCACUGUUACAGAAUGACUGCAUUAGGAUUGCGUGUAAGGGCAAAUCUUACAGUAUGAUAGCAUUAUGACUGCUGUAUGAGGGUCUUUAGUUACACAGUGACUGCAUUAUGAUUAUAGGAUGUUACAGUAUGACUGCAUUAUAUUAUGUAUGAGUCACUGUUACAGAAUGUUUGUUUCAUGACUGUAUAUAUGGGCUGUUGUUACAGAAUGACCACUGUAUGUAUGUAUAAGUGUCACUGUUACAGUAGGACUCCAUGAGGAUUAUAUAAAAAAAGGUCCGUUACAGAAUGACCGCUUUAUGGCUGUAUAUAAGGGUCUGUUAUGGUAUGACUGCAUUAUAGUUAUGUAUAAAGGUCCCUGUUCCAGAAUGACCGCUUUAUGACCACUGUAUUAGUUUCCGUUUUGGUUUUACAGCUGUAACUCUUUCUGUUUGAGUCUUAUGACAAAGUUGAAGGAGCUGGAAAAGCAGAUCGUACUGAAUGAAUGUAGAUGGGCAGCGUCUACAAACUCAGACUUGCUGACCAGAGAAGCAGAACCACCAGAACGUGUUCGUUCAGAACUUUCAUAAUAUCUUCUCCACUACUGAGCGACAGAUUCACAUACUCAGAAAUAUUAAAGCGUCGUGUGAUCGUGUUUGAAAGUCCUUGUCAUGCUCACUGAGCGUGUCCGCGCUGACCGGCGAAUGUUUUAUUUGUCCAGCCGUGGUUGUAAGAGUCGUUUAAAUUCAGCUUCAGCCGCAGACUCGCGUCGCCUGGGCCGUCUAAUGAACCUGCGCUACCUUCGUGUUCUGGAGGAGUUCAGGUUCUCCUGUGGAGCAGUGGCGUCUGUCCAGACCACUGGCUAGCAGUUUAUUAUUGACUGCGUGGCUGGCGACGGUUGUGCGGGGCAGCGAGUGCAUUUAAAAUGCAAAUGAGUUAUUUUGUGAAAUUUGCAUGUUCCGUAAUUGAGCUGCUUGAGGCUCGAGCUUCUUCACCAAAUGUGCUUUUAUCUGUUUGAGUUACAGCAACAUUUCUACUCACUAAACGAGCUAAUAUCUCAUUAUUAAACACUAAACGACGGAAGAAACAGUCGCACAUUUUAGCAGGAUUUGUUUUUUAUUAAUUUCAUUAAUAAUUUAAUAAUUCGCUUUUUUGUUUGUUCAUACUUGCACCGCAAGUUCUGCUUUGUUUUGAAUCUUUGACUUCCGGAAUGAUGAACCUCCACUUCCGGUCAGGGGGUGUGUCUCUUCUGCUGUUCGUCAUUCCUCCAAAUGUAAACUGACCGCAGGAGUUUGAGUGAUUCUGCUCAUGUUUUGUGAUAUUUUGCAUUUUUAAUGUUAUUUUGCAUUUUUUAGAAUAAUCACUGCAAGCUGAACAGUUGUGUCGUUUUAUUUA